AACAUUUUUUAAAUCAUAAUCAUGAGUAUCACCUACUUUUAAAUCACUUUGUUAAUCAAAAUCAAAUCGAAAUGGAUUUGAAAUCGUAUAGUUUUUGUCAAAUGACUCUGGAGAUUGGAUACACGGUGCAGGCGUUUCUAACGGCUUACGUUCUGAAUUAAUGAAAGUGGUAGAGAUUACCUGAAAACGAGUAAUUCUUUUAUGAUUCAAGAGCAAGGAUGGAACUGCAUUUGACUUUUAGGUUAUCCCACAAAUCCCACCUUGAGGCCCUGCGAGAACGAAUUUUAAACGGCCCUAGUCUCCAAGACUUUAUAAAAAGCCCAGACCCUGUCUUAAAAGAAGACACUGAAGCUUGGAAAGACUACAAUGGAAGACUUAAAAGAACCAAGAGUGAAAGUUCCAGACUCAGGUUACCCCCUUGGUUAAAAACAUCAAUUCCUAAGGGAAAGAAAUUCAGCGAACUUAAAGAACAGUUGAGAAACCUUAAUUUGCAUACUGUAUGUGAAGAAGCAAGGUGUCCAAAUAUUGGAGAGUGUUGGGGUGGAGGCGAGCAUGGGACAGCGACAGCUACCAUCAUGUUGUUAGGAGACACAUGUACGCGAGGUUGCCGUUUUUGCUCCAUUAAGACUUCGAAAACGCCCCCACCGCCUGAUCCAAAUGAGCCUGUGAAAACCGCUUCGGCUAUAGCGUCCUGGGGGUUGGAUUAUAUUGUUUUAACAUCAGUGGAUCGCGAUGACUUGCCUGAUGGAGGGUCAAAUCAUUUUGCUGAGACUGUGAGGGAGAUUAAGAAGCGUAAGAAUGAAAUUCUAGUGGAAUGUUUAGUACCUGACUUUGGUGGUGACCUAAAUGCUGUGAAAACAAUUGUUGAUUCUGGUUUAGAUGUUUACGCUCAUAAUAUUGAAACAGUUGAAGCUUUAACUCCAUUUGUUAGAGAUAGGAGGGCCAAAUAUAGACAGUCGUUGGCAACUCUUGAGGCUGUUAAAAAAUUCAAUCCUGAUAUGAUCACAAAGUCGUCGAUUAUGCUGGGUUUGGGUGAGACUGAUGAUGAAGUUAGACAAACUUUGGAAGAUUUGAAGGCAGCGGGUGUCGAUUGUGUAACCCUUGGACAGUACAUGCAACCAACUAAGAAACAUCUUCUGGUCGUUGAAUAUGUAACACCUGAAAAGUACCAAUAUUGGGAAAAAAUAGGAAACGAAAUGAAGUUUUUCUACGUUGCGAGUGGACCACUUGUGAGGAGUUCCUACAAAGCUGGUGAAUUCUUUAUUGCAAGUAUUUUAAAAAAUAGAAAAACAAAAAAUGCUGUGUAAUUAACUAUUAUUUGUAAAAUAUAUUAAAGUUGGCCCAAAA